AUGUUAUCUUGGAACGAGAGUUGUACUGAUUGUUGUUCGUGGGAAGGAGUCACGUGUGAUGGUCUGACGGGUCACGUGAUUGGGCUUGACCUCAGUUGUAGCCAGCUCUAUGGCAGUAUCCAUCCUAACAGUAGCCUCUUCCAACUCUCACACCUCCACCACCUCAAUCUCGCCUUCAAUCACUUCAAUUACUCCCACAUUCCAUCAGCAUUUGCUCACUUUCCCAAUUUGACACAUCUCAACCUAUCUGAUUCCAGUUUUUCAGGCUCAAUCCCAUCAGAAAUUCGCCACCUGUCCAAACUAGUUUCACUCGAUCUCUCCUCCUAUUUUGAUCAACUAAGACUUGAACCGCACAAUUUCAGAAUGAUGCUCAAAAACCUAACCCAAUUGCAAGAACUUGUCCUUCAUGAUGUAAACAUAUCUUCAGUUGUACCGAUGUCUUUGACGAAUAUGUCUUCUUUGACACAUCUCGAUCUUACUUUCACCGGCUUGCAUGGGAAAUCACCGGAUAGCAUUUUUCACCUUCCAAACUUGCAAAUUCUCUCUUUAGGAGACAACCAUGAUCUCACUGUCUUUGACAUCCUUUUGGAUCUCGGGUAUUCGAGUUUUUCUGGAGAAUUACCAGAUUCAAUUGGCUAUCUCAGGUCUUUGACGUCCUUGAAUCUCGAUCUUUGCAAAUUCUCCGGGUCCAUUCCUGAAUCACUCGGGAACCUUACACAGAUCACUUAUAUAUCCUUCCCGGGAAAUAGUUUCAACGGUCAGAUCCCAUUUACUCUCUCAAAUCUUGAUCAGCUCAUUUCCUUGGAUCUCAGCGGUUGCAAAUUCUCCGGGUCCAUUCCUGAAUCACUCGGGAACCUUACACAGAUCACUUCUAUAUACUUAGGGGGAAAUAGUUUCAACGAUAAGAAUCCAGCUGACAUGCUUACAAAGGUGGUCUCGAGAGACAAACUCGAAAUUUGCAGAGACAUUGCCGGGAUGAACUUCAAACCACUCCCAGUUCCUCCAACCUUCGUAUCUUCCUUCUUCUUCUCACAAAAUAAACUCACUGGAGAAAUUCCUUCUUCAAUUUGCAAUGUGAGUUCCCUUUCCAUCCUUGAUUUGUCUCACAACCACUUGAGUGGUGCAAUUCCACAAUGUUUGAGAAACCUCAGCAACUUUCUACUUGUAUUAGAUCUGCAGUUCAAUGCCUUUCAAGGGAACAUCCCCAUGAUAUUUGGAAAGGGUAAUCAGUUGGAAAUUCUUAAUUUGAAUGGAAAUCAGUUCGAAGGACCAGUUCCACGAUCCUUAACCAAUUGUAGACAGUUACAAGUUCUAGACCUUGGAAACAACAAGAUAAAUGACACUUUUCCAUACUGGUUGGGGAUACUUCCAGAGUUACGGGUUCUUGUCUUGCGAUCCAACAAAUUUCACGGUCCAAUAGACACUUCCAAGCCAAAACUCUAUUUCCCUAAACUCCGAAUUGUUGACCUCUCCCACAAUAAGUUCACUGGUCAUUUACCAGAGAGAUAUUUCAAAAUUUUCAAAGCUAUGAGGAUUAAAACUAUGCCAAAUGAAAAAUAUUUGAGUGUUGGAGCAUAUUAUUCAGUUACGGUGACGAUGAAGGGGUUUGAUUAUUAUUUAACGAAAAUUUUGACUAUCUUCACAGUAAUUGAUUUAUCACCUAACAAAUUUAGUGGAGAUAUUCCAAAUGUCAUCGGAAAGCUUAAUUCUCUCAUAGUGCUUAAUUUAUCUCAUAAUAGCCUUACAGGCCUUAUUCCAUCAUCUUUAGGAGACUUGACGGAGCUUGAAUCACUCGACCUCUCUUCAAACCAGCUUAAUGGGAAAAUUCCUAACCAUUUAUUGAGUUUGACAUUUCUUGAGGUCUUUAACCUUUCAUGUAACCAUCUCGAUGGACCCAUACCUCGAGGCAAACAAUUUGAAACAUUUGGAAAUGAUUCAUAUGUUGGGAACUUGGGAUUAUGCGGGUUUCCAUUGUCAAAGGAAUGUGAAGAUAAUCAAUCACCAGUUCAGCCGGGGGUGCUAUUACAACAGGAAGAUUACUCAAAUUUUGUAAGUGGAUUUACUUGGGAAGCCGUGGUGAUGGGGUAUGCGUGUGGAAUGCCAUUGGGAUUGGUUAUUGGUUUUCUCAUGUUCUUAACUGGAAAACCAAAUUGUUUGUAA